AUGCCUCCAAACCAGCAAUCUCUUGAGGGUCGAGGGUCUCAAUCAUACCAAGAGCUUGCUAAUACCUCUAGGGAUGCCCCACCGUAUUCAGACAAUCUCGUAUACAGUGAUACAGCAGGGUCCGGCAACAAUUUUCAACAAUUUGUUCUUGGAGACCCCCACCCCCCUGUUACAAACCUUUCACGCCUUACUACUACUAGUAGCGUGGACUAUCCCCAGCUAUCGAGCCACCGAUACCAGGCCCAGAGAUUGCGACGCCUACCGUUUAGUGACUCAAUAUCUGCUGGUCCUCGCAGGGGAAGGAGCUAUCUGAGGUCCCAAAAGUAUCUAGAGUAUAGGGCCCGGCCGCGCCGGGAUACUGGUAAGGAUGGGGAGCCAGUAUGGUCGGACGAGCUGGAGGACGCACUUCAGGAAGCCCUUGAGGCAACCCCACCCAUGGGGAAGAGAAAGUGGUCCGAACGCGGGAAGUCGUAUGGUCGAAACCAGCUGAUUGCGGAAUAUAUCUAUAAAUUAACUGGCAAGCGGAGGACGAGGGAACAGGGUGACCCAGACUGGGAAAGGCUAGUUCGAGGACAACUUGCCGGCCACUCGAAUAACCAAACCCAACCUUUUGGUCCUGAAUGGAGACCCUCCAUAGAUACUUCACCUUCUAACCACUACAAUUCAUAUGUCUAUGUAGUUCAAUGCCUUGAAUUCGGCAUGUGGGUCACUGCUCCAACGAUGCCAGGACGAAUUGAGGAUGCCUUCCAUGUGUAUACCCGCCUCAUGGGAAACCAGCAGGAAGCACGUAUGCGCUUGGAGGAUUUAACGAACUGGCGAACGUCCUUUCCACGCCUAGGCUCUUUGCUCUUAGACGUUAACGACCCCUUAGACUGCGAAAUAAUACUUCUUGAAGCUAACCUUAAGUUGAUGGAUGGCUUUCCUCCUGUGUGGUCAAAGUUAGGAAUCUCCCUGGAGCUUGACAUUGCCAGUUCCACGUCGAGUGCCGCACCGAUGAGCAACCAGAUGGAGAAUUGGAGUUGCUCCACUUAUCUAUACGAAGAUGGCCGGUCCGCGUUUACAUCAAAGCAUAACUUGACUAGGCAGCACGCGACAAAAGUCAAACUCCCGUUUGAGUCGUCGUGGUGGGUAGAAGUGCUCACGUCCCUUACAAAGGAAAAGCUAGAGGCUGAAUCCAGCGGACGUCACCAUGCUGCUGAGGAGCGUAGCAGACAGUACUUUUGCACCCUAACCGCGAUUCAGGAGAUCUGUGCCAGCAAGCCUGCCCGCCUGCCAGGCCUGCACAACCAACAUUCAGGUUCUUCCAGCGAUGAAGGCAAGAGAAUGGUUAUCAUCCUCUGGAAGUUUCGGCAGGCGCGACGAAAUGAGGUCGGCGUCACCAUGUGGCGAAAUCUGAUCACUUCCCCAAGCCGUACCUUUACUAAUAACCCCAGGCCAGCCAAUGCAAUUAUCCUUCCUCGUCUUUCUUCUUUAGAUUCAGCCCUACCGAGCAGGCCUAUUCCCAGCAUAUACCAGGGCGCUCAGACUCAUGUUCCGCUGGUGGACUGGCCCUUUGACAUGCUUAGCAUUAACAAAUCAGAAGAAGGAGUGUCCGCUAAAACGAACUCAGCUUGGACACUUGACCCAUUUCCUAGCCUGAAACAGGAGCAGACCAGCCUCGAUGCCUCCAUUAGCGCACCUGUGAGGCCACCUACCCUCUCUCUACUACAUACAAGUGUUACAACCUAUGGAGUCGGCCACGAGAGCCAUUUGAUAUGCCGGGAUGAUCCGGUGGCGGUUGCGGGGGCCAUGUCUGGUGAUGGUGGUACAAAUCGGCCACGUCUCCAAUCUCGUGGGCCAAAUACUGCAGGCAAGGACGAUCCUAGCGGAGGCGACGGCGCAAAUACCCGGCAACUUACACAAAAUGGAGCACGUACGGAUUCAGGCUACGCAUCUACAAGAUUAGUCAAACAUGUGUGUAUCAAAAGCGCCAGGGAUAUUCAAUCUGAACUUCCUUCUGAUGCUGGAUACGCAUCAGUGGAUGCGGCUAGAACAGUUUACACUGACACAUCGAGUGUUACGACUCUGCAAAAGGAGAGUUACAUGUCUGAAUUGGCUGAAGAUUUGUUUACAAAAGUUGUUUCCUGGCAGCCCGAUGCGCAGACAAUGGAGAGAAGUUCCGAGGCCCUCCCUGAAUUGCUCAAAGCUUUCGCUCUUAAGGUUGGUCACACCGCACCUAGUCAGAUGCACCGUGAUGUUAUGGUUUUUAUCCACAAGAAUCGCGAGUGA